UCCCGAGCAGUGCUGUUCCGCGGCUCAAUCCCCCCUCCACGAAACGCCCGGAUGAGAGCAGCAGCAGCAGGCGGCGUCGUUCAGCUCAACACGGUCGGGUGAAGUCCUGCCGAGCCGAGGUGCCCACCGCUUGCGGGGGAGAAGACGACGAGCCGAGCCGACCCGCCGGAGCCUGUGACAUUUAUCGACGCGGCCCGACGGAGGAAGGAACGCGGUUCUGGGGGAAUCCAGGCGGCGGUAGAGGCGAGGAGGCGCGGACGCAGCAGCAGCACAUUUCCCCCUCGUGGUGUCCUAUUUCGUCGCAAAAGGUCACAACUGGCACGCUGGACAAAAACAGAACUGGAAAGGUCGGCACGCCAGGGUUGUUGAGGGAAUCUGAGGUGAAGGAACGUGCAGACAGGCUGCCUCCCACUAAGCUAUGGAAUGCUCCCUGCACCCACCAUCACUAGUCUCCAAUCUUUGGACUGAGCUCCAAACGCUUAGUUAGCGGCUGUGCUUCUCCCCUCGAACUCUUUACACCCAGGGGACGAAGAAACGGAGCCGGCUUUCCAAGUCCUCCGCUAAAAAAACGCACAGAGCACUUUCUUUUUCUGAGAAUAUCUCAGCUAUCUUUUUUUUUUUCUCCGCUUGGAUUUUUUCCCGCUGAAAUCCUAUCAAGAUGGAUAUGGAUUCGUACUUGUGGAUGGUGAUCCUCGGCUUCAUCAUUGCCUUCGUCCUGGCCUUUUCGGUGGGCGCCAACGAUGUGGCCAACUCGUUCGGCACGGCGGUGGGGUCCGGUGUGGUCACGCUGAAGCAGGCCUGCAUCCUGGCGUCCAUCUUUGAGACACUGGGCUCGAUGCUGCUGGGAGCCAAGGUGGGCGAGACGAUCCGGAAGGGCAUCAUAGACGUGAGCCUGUACAACGAGACGGUGCCGGUGCUCAUGGCCGGGGAGGUCAGCGCCAUGGUCGGGUCGGCGGUCUGGCAGCUCAUCGCCUCCUUCCUCAAACUGCCCAUCUCUGGGACUCACUGCAUUGUUGGCGCCACCAUCGGCUUCUCCAUGGUGGCCAUCGGCACCAGGGGCGUGCAGUGGAUGCAGCUCGUCAAGAUCGUGUCGUCAUGGUUCAUCUCCCCCCUGCUCUCUGGGCUCAUGUCUGGAGGCCUCUUCCUGCUCAUCAGACACUUCAUCCUCAACAAGGAGGACUCUGUUCCCAACGGCCUGCGAGCGCUGCCUCUCUUCUACGCCACCACCAUCGGGAUCAACACGUUUUCCAUCAUGUACACCGGAGCGCCGUUGCUCGGGCUGGAGAUGCUGCCGGUGUGGUCCAUCUUUCUCAUAACGUUAGCCGGGUCGUUGGUGUGUGCAGCGAUCGUCUGGUUCAUCGUGUGUCCCUGGAUGAGGAGGAAAAUAGCAAGUCGUCUAAAGAAGGAGCAGGCUCUGUCCAGGAUUUCAGACGAGAGCCUGGACAAGAUACCGGAGGAGGAGGAGGAGAGUCCCGUCUUCAAGGAGCUUCCAGGAGCCAAGGGAACAGAUGAGGCCGUGUUGCCGCUCACCGGCGGCAGCAGUGACCGAGGGACCCGCACCUCCAGUGGAGAGCUCACCAACCUGGCUAAUGGAGGCACCGUCCUGCCAAACGGCAGGGCGUAUGGUCGGACCAACUCGAUGACCAACGGCUGCCUCAAGUCGCCCAUCUCUAACGGCAGCUUCAGCUUCGAUGGCCACAUGCGCAGCGAUGGCCAGGUGUACCACACGGUGCACAAGGACUCUGGUCUCUACAAAGACCUGCUUCACAAGAUCCACCUGGGCCGCAUGGACGACAGCGACCGCUCGGCCACCAACGCCGGGCCGCCCGACAACAACUACCGCCUGCUGCGCCGCAACAACAGCUACACCUGCUACACGGCGGCCAUAUGCGGCAUGCCCGUCCAGCCGCUGGUACGCGCAGAGUCGCGUGACGACAGUGAGAAGCUGGUGGGUGAGGGGGGGGGCGGCAGGAGCAACAGCGUGUCCUACACCAAGAAGAGGAUUCGCUACGACAGCUACUCGUCGUACUGCAACGCCGUGGCCGAGGCUGAGAUCGAGGCCGAGGAGGGCGGGGUGGAGAUGAAGCUGGCCACGGAGCUGGAGGGGGUGGAGGAGGAGGGGGCCCCGGCUCCUAUGCCUCUGGACGACCUGGCCGAGGAGGAUCACGAGGAGAAGGACAAACCCGAGGUGUUCCAGCUUUUCCACUUCCUGCAAAUCCUCACCGCCUGCUUCGGGUCCUUCGCCCACGGAGGCAACGAUGUCAGUAAUGCCAUCGGGCCCCUGGUGGCGCUGUGGAUGAUCUACGCCCAGGGCGGCGUGAUGCAGGAUGCUGCCACGCCCAUCUGGCUGCUGCUGUACGGGGGCGUCGGCAUCUGCGCCGGGCUGUGGGUGUGGGGCCGCCGCGUCAUCCAGACGAUGGGGAAGGACCUGACUCCCAUCACCCCCUCAAGUGGAUUCACUAUUGAACUGGCUUCCGCACUCACAGUCGUGUUCGCUUCCAAUAUCGGAAUCCCUGUCAGUACCACACACUGCAAGGUGGGAUCGGUCGUGGCCGUGGGUUGGAUCCGCUCCAAGAAGGCGGUGGACUGGCGCCUCUUCAGGAACAUCUUCCUGGCCUGGUUCGUCACGGUGCCGGUGGCCGGCCUGUUCAGCGCCGCCGUCAUGGCCCUGUUCGUCUACGGCAUCCUGCCCUACGUCUGAGGGCGCACGGCCGGGAGGGAUAACACGGGAGGAAAGAAUCAGAGAGAGAGAGAGAGGGAGACUAAAAAAAUCAUAGCUGGAGUGUCAGGGGUACAGAGAAAAGAGGAAGAGAGCGAAGAGAGAGAGAGAGGGAGGGGGCUGCAGAGGUUCACACGUGGACUUGGUUGUACUGUGGAUGUGAGGAGGGUUGGUUCACCUGCUUCCUGGCUCCAGAGUCCAGACAUCUCUGCGACUCAUUUCAGUUUCUAAUCGCUUUUUUAUUUAUUCUCUUCUACGGGUGCAAGUUCCCGUCGCGUCGGCCGAACCAUUCGAUCUGCUGUACAGAAGUUUUCUAGUAACUUUUAACAGGAAUUAUUACAGGAAAUUAUAGUUACUGGGGAAGCGGUGUCCCUUUCUGUCUCUUUCUUUCAAAACACUAGACUGCAAACGACAAAAAAAUGAUCAAAACCAGCUCAUUCUGCCCCCCCCCCCCCACGAGGUAGCUUAGGCAGUCAAGUGCUUACUAUUCCAAAAAGCCAGGAAAAAAAGAAAUCUGUACAUAUUGUUGUUAUUGAAUGGAGUGUGAUUUAUUUGUACUGCAGCUUGCUUUAAAAUUCAAAUUUAAAAAAAUGAAAUGAAAAGAUGUGCGUGGUCAACCAACCCAUCCGUCAUCUCACUGUUAACACGCUCGCCAGGUACAACUGGGGCCAAACGGAAAGGACCCCUCAGAGAGAGAGGGGGGGGGCUGUCGCUCUGCUUUCUUAUUUUCCACGAUACCAUAGAAACCUGAUUUGCUACAGAGUUGAUUUUUUUUUUUUUGUUGUUGUUUUUGUUGGGGGUCAAAAGCUCCUGUAUGGUUUUAGAGAUGGAUCUCGUAUUUUUUAAUGAUGUAUUAUACUGUAAUUUGUAAUGUAAAUACUGUCCUUGAAAGAGUUUGGGGUCGGAAUUGGGGAUCAUGGUUUGUAUUUAAUGUGGCAGGGUGGGGGUUUGGGGGACACGCACACACACUCAUGAACACACACUUGACAGGCUGCUGGGUUAUUCCCCCCCCCCCCGUGGUUGGCGGAAGUUUGUUUCCUGAAUGGGGAAAACGGGAUUUAAAUUUUAAAUGAAUCAAACCGAAUCCGUCCUCAAAGUGGAGAAAUUACGUUUACGUUAGUUUUUUAUCUCAACGGGUUAAUUCAUCUGUAUUGAGAGAAAGUUCUUUUUAAAAAUAAAGCCCUUGAGAAAAGGUUUAGUUGGGUUUCAGAGGGCGGUCGCUCUGUGACAGCAGCACCAAGCCAAAGGAAGCUGCGUUGUCGCCAAUUUAAAGUAGAAUAAUUUAAAGAUCUAAGUGCAGCAGAAGCCAAAAUAUUAAAAUAUAACAAAAUGAGGCAAAUAUCAACUGAAAUGUUCACAUAUCUGCACCCGUUUGCCUUUUUAUUUACAUACCCGAGCCUCAAACCUGAGGUGCGUCCGUCAAGAUGCCUCCAGACGUCAACGCCUUGCUGUGUCAUAUCAAACACACACACACACAAAAAUAAGGCAAACUGUUGUAUUAUGUCUCUGCCAGUUAGACAGAGGGUUGAGGAAAACUGGGAUUCAACCCCAGCCACACUUGUAGCUCCUCUGAACGGGCCGGUGCUGUGUUUUAGAAGCGUAGACGCGUCCGGCUCAUCGAUCACCUGUGUUUCAGUCAGAGUGCUGAAGGUCAGCGAGACAUCACGUGGGUCAAGUCGAGGGCCGGACGUGGAGAAAACCCUCUGGUGUCACGAAAACAUCACACGACUCUUUGUCUGAGGAUCGUGAUGUUUGGAUAGGAUGGUACCGGGGGGGAAGGGGGGGGGGGGUGUACUGAUCAUCACCAGCUUUUUAAGACGAACAAAGUCUAAAGCGUUUUUUUUUUUUUAUUUGAACAAACUCGAUGCCAGGUGUUGCAAGUUCUUUUAGUUCUUGUGGUGUGUUUCCUAAUUUCAUUUUUUGUUUUUCUCUGUCAUGAACAAAUCUAUGCUUAAGUAACCACUUGCCUUGUAACUUUGUGUUUUAACUUUGUGCAGAUACGGUCAAAAUAAUUAAGUACUGUGGUGUUUACAUCGUAACCAUAUUGUAGAGUAUCUGAAGAAGAAGAAGAUAUAAAAAAAAAACUGUUGCCUAAUGAUGCCAAUGAAAGACAAACUAUUAACCAUGACUUUUUAAGUGCAAGGAAAAAAAAUACAAAAUAACCUGAAGUGUCUCGAGGGGAAGAGAGCAAAGAGCAAGUGUGCACACGAUGACCUGUUUUCCGUUCUUUGUGGUAGUGGUAGCGCUCGUCAUGAUCCCUGUCACUUUACACUGCUACUACAACGUGUUAACACUACAUGAAUGGGUGCAAUUCAGUAAUGAACUAGAGAAAUUUCAUCAAGACUAUAUAUUUUUCUACCAUAUCUGAGUUUUAACCUGAGCGAGCUUCCAGGCACUAUGGAGGACACACUGUGGGGUCGACGGGGGAAUCCGCUGAACAGGGACUGGCUCACAGCUGAUGACAGACGGUCUUAGUACAGGGUGUCUCACCUUGCCGGCGCCAUGCCACACACUCCCUCCCAGCCCGGUGUGUUCUCGUAACAUGUAGAUUUGACGUGUCGGUUGCCGGUAGAUCAGAUUUUAAAAUUACCAUUUUUAUUUUUGAAUUUUUAGAUGAAAACGCUUUGUAAUUUUGUUUCCCUGUACCUGCUUGGACCCGAGCUGCGGGAGCAGGACGGCUGCUCGCUGAAGGGCGAGAACUAUCGAAUCCGAAUCUGUGUAGCUGAGAAAUCUGAAACCGUGAAGGAAAACUGGACCGUGAGGACAUUUGUCUCCUUGUUUUGGCAGAUUAUGACUUUUGAAGCUCUUUACUAUGACAGGCCGUGUGUUUCAGAGGGGGCCGCACGGAGCGGGGGGGCCCACAUCGGAGCGUUUUGAAACAAUUUCAUGAUGCACAAAUACGUGGUAGUUAAUAUUCUAAAUGUGUGCAAGCUCCAAAGGCACAGAGCCAACACUAUGGAACUGAACAAGAGUUUUUAUUCUGCAGAACUCAACUUUUAAUCUGUAAAAUUAAGAUUGUCAUUUUGUGUUUCAAAAGUUAAGAGGUUCUGCUCUAUUUGUCGAACAAAUUUUAAAUGUAAAUUUCAAAUUGUGGAAAAUUUACCCCUGAUUUGAUUAGAAAGCUCAUGACCACAGUUAACGAUCAGUAAAUUAGAAUUACUAAAAUCCUACAUGACCCUACAGGUUAGCUUCUGUUCCGCUAGAUGGUAACGACUAGCCUACAACUCCCAUGAGUCUUAGCAGUUAAACAAAUGGUAGCAGCUGUUGUUCAAUGUUCAAAUGUCCAAAUGUAAUUUGAAAAAGAAAACCUUCAGUAAACAUCUUUCAUUGUUUUUAUAAAACCACGUCUUCACCACGCUCUGCAGGUCCCCUCUGUAUCACCAUCAUCUUUUGUUCUUCCGUGCAUUCUCAGUCCUGAUAGGCCAAAAGGGAUGCACUGCCCCAAGAUGGGGAGGGGAGAGUGAAACUCGCCCUCUGGUGGCAGCGUCAAGUGUCUUUGACAGAAAUGAUAAAAAAUAGCUUAAAAUUCAUUUCAAAGAGGUCACUGUUUUUCACUUUGUCCAGCAGAGACAAAAACACAGACGCGUAAAUAUUUUGCGAUAAAACGAAACGUGUGUUAGCUUGAUCCGAAAAUUGUUCACGGACACGAUGUUUUCAAGACCUUUAAAUGCAUCAGUUAAAUUCCUCAAUACAAUUUAAAACCAAAGUAAAUUUAACCCUGUAGGACUGAAUUUGUGAUAUCUAAUAACAAUUGGUUUGACAUGCACGCAGCCACUAGAUGGCGUAGUCUGACACUUUCCCUCCCUGUAAGCGAGGGACAGCAUUUUAGACCAGAUUCAACCGAUCAGUAUAAAUCAACCAGUGGUGUGGUGCGAUUGCCAUUGAGGGAGUUUCUGUGCUUCUUCUGCGUUUAUAACUGUUUUUCGUCAACUUUUCUUGUAGAGGAAAAACGAGAGAAACAGAAUGUGCCAUUUUCUUUCUCCCUGGAUGUGCAAUACAAGCUCUUCUCUCGUGAAGGCGCAAAACGACAUGGCUGUCGCUCUGUGGUCAUGUAGCUCCACCUGCCCCGGUGUAAUAGCGCCCCCUCCUGUCUGUGUGGAACUAGCACCACCUGACGGAGGCGGAGGGCCGUCAGCUCAGACCUUCAUCUGGAUGUGGCUGUCUCUUCGUUUUCUGGUCUGUUGUGUAAUAGAAUGUGCUCCUUGGCUGGCCUGCAGGCUUUACAGCUCCGUGUUGUCUUUUUACUGUUUACUGCUGUUUAACUGUCCGGUCCUUCAAAAAGUACAAGAAAAAUAAAGAUAAUAAUAGAUGAAUAAAAAAAAAAAAUCUAAAACUGUAGCCUGCUUCUUCAAAAUCUUAAAGCUCUUCUGAUUUGCAUAUAUCGUACUGUAAUGUUUUAUUUAAGAUUUUAGUGAGAAAACAAUGUCUGCAUUUAAACUAAAUUAUGGGAAUUAAAAUUACAAAGAAAACCUAAA